AUGUCUUCCCUCUUUGACGCCGUCCUGCAAUCCGAAUUGGGCUCCACGGCGGGCUCCCGUGACCAUCGUCUUCACUCCGAUCAGAUCCCCAGUUCACGACCCCAACCGCCUUCCGAAAGCAAUGGCCCCAUGAGUGAUAUGCAUGGCUUUGCCGAUGAUCAAAUUGCCGAUUCCAGUGCCUCGACCGUUACUCGACUGCGCAAUCCCUAUCUCCCCGGACCGCCCCCGGUAAGCGAUGUGGCAGGCGAGAAAGUACAGCAGGCUUUCGCAGAGCUUCUCGAAACCUAUCAGGAAGAAACACCUUCGUCGGCACAGGCGGCGCCAUCGUCACAAGUCUUGAGUGAAAAAUACUACAUCGCUCAGAUCAUGGGCAUGGCAAAAUGGGAACUGUCCACCCUUUACGUCGAUUUCACCCACCUGACCUCCAUGAGCAACCCAAUUCUUGCCGACGCCAUUGCCAACCAAUACUACCGAUUCCAGCCCUUCUUGACCAAGGCUCUUCAUGACCUUAUUGCCAAGUAUGAGCCAGACUACUUCGCCUCCCACCGUCAAGCUACGGCCGCAGGCAGUGUUUCUUCCCAAGCCGGCACUUCGAUGAUCGCUGGCAACUCGAGUGUAUCCGACAACCCUGAAUUGGAGCGCAAUAUCCGCGAGAAGACUAGGCAUCAGCAGACGGAUAAGCUGUUCUCUUUGGCCUUCUACAACCUGCCCCUUGUUUCCAGACUGCGCCAGCUGCGCACAUCCCAGAUUGGAAAGUUGGUCUCGGUGUCUGGUACAGUCACGCGGACGUCUGAAAUUCGCCCUGAAUUGUCACUGGGAACCUUCAUUUGCGAGGAGUGCAAGGCCGUCGUUACCAACGUGGAACAAACCUUCCGUUAUACUGAGCCUUCCCAAUGUCCGAACAACACCUGCGGUAACCGCUCCGGCUGGCGCUUGGAUAUCGGCAAGAGUACGUUUGUGGACUGGCAGAAGGUGAAACUGCAGGAAUCUUCUCACGAGAUCCCAACUGGCAGCAUGCCGCGGACGAUGGAUGUCAUUCUUCGCGGUGAAAUGGUUGAUCGCGCGAAAGCCGGUGAGCGGUGUAUCUUCACAGGUACCUUGAUCGUGGUUCCCGAUGUCAGUCAAUUAGGGCUUCCUGGCGUGCGGCCGGAGGCAGUUCGUGAUGACGGUGCCUUCCGGGGAAGUGAUAUCGGAGGCGGUGGCGUUACUGGACUGAAGGCGCUCGGUAUCAAGGAUUUGACCUAUCGACUGGCCUUCCUUUCUUGCAUGGUCACUCCCGACACCACGACGCCGGGUCAGCAGUCCAACCAGCAGCUGAAUGGACAAUCGCAAAACAUCUUGGCUUCGCUCAACCAAAACCGGGAUCCCGAAUCCAACGAAGACCAGGCCCAAGAAGCUCUUCUUCAGAGCCUGACCCCUUACGAGGUCCAGGACUUGAAGAACCUUGUUCACUCUGAGUACAUCUACUCGCGAUUGAUUGACUCGAUCGCCCCCAUGAUUUACGGUCAUCGCCAGAUUAAGAAGGGUUUGCUGCUGCAGCUGAUUGGCGGUGUCGGCAAGUCCACGGAGCAAGAGAACCUCCAGCUUCGUGGUGACAUCAACAUUUGCAUUGUCGGCGACCCUUCCACGAGUAAGAGUCAAUUCUUGAAAUACAUCUGCUCGUUGCACCCUCGCGCAGUCUACACCAGUGGUAAAGCCUCGUCUGCCGCCGGUUUGACCGCAUCUGUUGUCAAGGACGCUGAGACGGGCGAAUUUACCAUUGAAGCUGGUGCCUUGAUGUUGGCUGUAGGUGGUAUUUGCUGUAUCGACGAAUUCGACAAGAUGGACAUCAGUGACCAGGUUGCCAUUCACGAAGCCAUGGAACAACAAACUAUCUCCAUUGCCAAGGCUGGCAUUCACACCACCCUCAAUGCUCGGGCUUCUAUUCUCGCUGCUGCCAACCCAAUCGGCGGCCGAUACAACCCUAAGACUACACUGCGCGGCAACCUUAACUUUAGCGCCCCCAUUAUGAGUCGUUUCGAUCUGUUCUUCGUGAUCCGGGAUGAUCCCAAUGAAACAGUGGAUCGCAAUCUGGCUGAUCACAUUGUCAAUGUCCACAUGAACCGCGACGAAGCUGUGAACCCUGAGCUCAGCACCGAGCAAUUACUCCGCUACAUUCGAUUCGCUCGUACCUUCAAGCCUGUGUUCACGGAGGAGGCGAAGGCUUAUCUGGUCGAAAAGUAUAAGGAGCUUCGUGCCGGCGACGCUCAAGGUGGCAUGGGCCGCUCUUCGUACCGCAUCACGGUUCGACAGCUGGAAUCUCUGAUCCGUCUCUCUGAAGCCGUUGCCAAAGCCAAUUGUGUGGAAGAGAUUAUACCCAAAUUUGUGCGCGAGGCGUACGACCUUCUCCGACAGAGCAUUGUGACGGUCGAAAAAGAUGAUGUCGAAGUCGACGAUGAUGAGCCGGCCGCCGCCGAUGGUCCUGCUGUUGAGGAGGAUCAUGAAAUGGGCGAUCGUGAUGGUGACAGCCCUAUGCGUGAAGAUGCCGAACCCGCCCAGCCCAAACGCUCAAGGACCAAGAUCACAUACGACAAGUACAUGAAGAUCCUAAACCUCAUGGUCCGUCGUGUGCGGGACGAUGAAGCGAACUCCGGCGAGGGUGUCGAGCAAGAGGAUCUCCUCAUCUGGUAUCUGGAGCAGAUUGAGUCCGAGAUUGACACAGAGGACGAUCUCCAGAAUGAGCGUGACUUGGCUGUGAAGGUCUUGAAGCGAAUGAUCAAGGAUAACAUUCUGAUGCCAAUUCGCGGGCAAGGCCUUGUGGAUGCCGAUGAUGAAGGGCAGAGUGAGCAAGUUCAACGCACUGUUUACGUGAUGCAUCCCAACUGCGCCAUCGACGAGAUGUAA